CGAGCCGCUGGGUGGGCGUGGAAGGGGGCGGGCAGCCGGGCACGGGCCGGAGCCGCGCGCCGUGGAGGCGGCCACAGACUCAGCGGACUCCCCCGCCUCGACCCCGCCCGGGCCUCACCUCCCUCCGCCCCAAGGAGAGAGGCGUUCGGCGAAGACGUUUGCGAGAUGACGGCGUGACGUCGCUCGUGUACUGUGGCCAGGCGCGCGCACGCUUCCUCUGGGCCAGCUCGGCCGUGGCGCCCUCCCUGCGCCGUCUCCGCUCUUCCAAGCCGUGGUAGUGUGGGAGAGCAUGGCGGAGAGCGCUGCGAGGGAGCUCGAGCCGCAGGACGAGCAAGCGCUGGACGACUCGGCAAUGUCGCCUGACGACAUCGAGCAGGGAGCGACCGCCGUGGCGGUGGGGCCCACGGGGGCCAACGGCGGCGGGCCGGGCGACCGGGACGGGAGCCGCGGGACAGGCGACGGCUCCCCCGGGUGUUCGGCCGCGUGGCAGGAGCGCUGCCUGUCGCUGGAGGCCCAGCUGUCCCGUUUCCGCACGCAGGCCUCCAAGAUUCGCCAGCUGCUCGCCGACAAGAUGGGGGAGCUGGAUCGACGCGUCCUGGAGGCCGACCGCCGCGCCGACGAAGCAGAGCAGCAGGUGCGGGUGCUCGAGGAGAAACUGAGAGCCGCGUCGUCACCCUCGCACUCGGGAGGGAGGGGAGACGGGCCCUGCCCUCGCUGCCCCUCGCUGCUCGGCCUCCUGCACCAGAAGGAGAUCGCCCUCGCCGGCCUGGAGAGCGACCUGCACCAGCAGAAGCAAAUCCGAGCUCAGGAGACCAAAAUGAUCGAAGAGAAAGCCGCGAAAAUUAAAGAGUGGGUGACGCUGAAGCUGCGCGAGCUGGAGUUUGAGAAUCAAGCCCUGAGGGCAGCCAAUCAGAAGCAGCAGGAGCAGAUUCAGAGCCUGCAGGCCACAAAGACGCUGAUGGCGAUGAUGGAGGAAGAUGGGGACGACGACGACAUAGACGGCGACGAUGACGCGGACGCCGAAUCGGGCGACCCGCGCAGAAACUCCGACUCGGUGGAAUUGGCGGGGUCAGAGUCGAGGUCGUUCUUGCCGAGCGCCAGCGGCCAGAGUCCGGGCCGGGCGUCGGUGACGAGCGCCUGGGAGUCUCGCUUCCGCCACCCCGCCCAAGACGACGGCGUCGUCGUGCGGCAAGCGGAGCAGACGCUCGUGCUCGUGGCGCCGGAGCAGUUGCGGCCCUACGCACGAGCGGCGGGCGUAGCGGCGUCCAGCCCGACCCGGAGGCCGUGCACUGCUCCUCCUGUGCCGCCCCUUAGCCCGGCCUUUCCUCCGCAACCCAUCGCCACCGGGGGGGACGCCACCCCGACCCCGGCAAGCGCAGCUGGUCCUGCGCUUGCGGGCUUCGGGGGUGCGGGCGACGGUGACGCCGCCGCGUUGGAGCUGUCUCCGAGCCGCGUGUCUGCGCUGAGCCUCACUCCACCCUCCUUCUCGUCGUCGUCUUUCUCUUCGUUCUCCUCCUCUUCGAACUCCGCCUGCGGCCCCGCAUCGGGCCCGGCCGACUCAAACUCGGUGUGCAACGUGGGCUCGGAGAGCACAGCGGGAAACGCCGACGACGGCCGCAACGGUCAACGCCACGGAGACAAGGACGGCGGCAGCUCACGCCGUCCGCAUCAGGACAGCCGCCCCGUGUGCACGACGCUCCCCAAGGUGCGCGCGGCCGCGGAGGGGAUCGCGCAGCGACCGGGCGGGACAGACGAAGACUCGGCGGAGGGCAGGUCGGAGUUCGCGCUCAGACGUCACAUCCGCAGCCAACCGCCCAUCCGCGCUCGCUUCGAGACCGAGAUUGACACGGAUGAGGAGGACGACGAGGACGACGACACGGAGGGAGAGACGGUUGCCGAUGAAAACGCCGACGGCCGCUGCACGGCGGAAACACAGAGGGAGGAGGAGAGCGACGGCAUGGAGACCGACGACGGGGAGGUCGUGGCGGCGGUGGGGCAGGUGGCGAGCACCCCGGCGCCACCAACGCCCCCGCUCCAUCGCCUGCCAUCUUGGGAGAGCCGCAUUUAUGCCAUUGCCAAGUCCGGCCUGAGGAUGUCAGGAUCAGGGAGCGCUGGUGCGGAGUCCGUGGUCCCGGCGGGUCGGGCCGUGUCAAGCCCAGUGGCCUGGGCGUCGUCCAGCCCGUUCAGGAACUUCAUCUACAACAGCGUCACAGCCCCCGUGUACGCCAUGCUCAAGGGGAAAGCGACGGAGUUGAGCGCGUCGCCACUGUCGCCCGACCGGGCCUCGUGCUCGGACGAGGACGGCUCUUCGUCGUGCGCCAGCUCCCGCGCCUCGGCCUCCGAGCCUCCGUCGUCGGCACCGCCGGCGCCACCGCCCGGACCCCCGCCCCUCCCACCGCAAACCCCCACCAUGGCCGCACAGCCCUCGACGGCCGCCGCUCGCAAGGGCAGCGGUCCCGGCAGCCCCCGCGCCGUCAAGAGAGGCGUGUCGAUGUCGUCCAUAUCUUCGGAGAGCGACUACGCGAUCCCGCCGGACGCCUGCUGGGCCGACAGUGACCACUCGGAGCCGGAGCACAAGUUGCUCAAGACCUGCUCGGCGCGAUCUUCGGAUAGCACGCGUGCCGAAACCCUGGAGAAGUCAGGCUAUCUGCUCAAGCUUGGUGGACAGGUGCCCGCAUGGAAGCGCCGGUGGUUUGUGCUGCGGGGCGGGGAGCUGCUCUACUACAAAUCCCCGAGCGAUGUCAUCAGGAAGCCACAGGGGCAGGUCGAGCUGAACGCGUGCUGCCGCGUGGUUCGCGGCGACGAAGCUCAAAUGAUGCAGCUGGUGACGGAGAAGCGCGUGCUGUUCCUGGCGGCCGACUCGCCCAACCUUCUGGAGGAGUGGGUGCGCGCGCUGCACGCCGUGCUGCACGUGCAGGCCGCCCGCCCGGGCCUCGUGUGGCCGCACCUCAAGCCCUGCGCGCACGGCUGGCUCACCAAGGUGAAGCAUGGCUACUCCAAGCGGGUAUGGUGCGCUCUCGUCGGGAAAAUCUUCUACUACUUCCGCAGCCAGGAGGACAAGAUGCCCCUGGGGCAGCUGAACGUGCGCGGUGCGCGCGUGGAGGAGGUGGACCGCUCGUGCGACUCGGACGAGGACUACGAGGUGACGUCGGCGCGGCGCAGCGUGGCCGCCCCCCCGCACCUCACGCUGUGCGUGCAGCCGCGCGACCAGGGCCCUACGUACCUGCUCAUCGCCGGCCGGCACGAGAAGGAUACGUGGCUGUACCACCUGACGGUGGCCGCGGGGAGCACGAGUGGGAAAGUGGGCACGGAGUACGAGCAGCUCAUCGGCCAGCUGAUGGACAUGGAUGGAGACCCGACAGGCUCCCUGCUGUGGCAGCACCCGACGCUGUGCUUCAGCAAGGAGGGCAUCGCUCGGCCGCUCACCACGCUGCCCUCGCAGGCGCUGCACACCGAGGCCGUCAAGCUGUUCAAGUCGUGCCAGCUGUUCAUUAACGUGCUGAUAGACGCGCCGGCCAUCGACUACCACGUGUCGCUGGCACAGAGCGUGCUGCAAGUGUGCCUCUCGCACCCCGAGCUGCACAACGAGAUGUACGGUCAGCUCAUCAAGCAGACAAGCCGUCGCCAACCGCUCAACCACUAUUCGCUCCUGCAGGCGUGGCAGCUGCUGGCGCUGGCCGUGUCGCUCUUCCUGCCGCAGCACCGCUUCCUGUGGUACCUCAAGCAGCACCUGCAUCGGCACGCCGACCCCAGGUCAGAGGUGGGCAAGUACGCGGUGUACUGCGGGCGGUGCGUGGAACGGACGCUGCGCGCGGGCGACCGGGUGGCUCGCCCCUCGCGCGUCGAGAUUCUCUCCCUGCUGCUGCGCAACCCCUUCCACCACUCGCUGCCCUUCAGCAUUCCCGUGCACCUCGCCAGCGGCGCCUACCAGGUGGUGGGCUUCGAUGGCUCCUCGACGGUGGAGGAGUUCGAGGCGACGCUGGCGACGGCCGUCGGGGUGCGGCACUCGCGACUCUCGGGGUUCGCGCUCUACAUCGACGACCCGUCUGGCCACAGCACCCUGCACUGCCUGCACGCCGCCGUCAAGGUGUGCGACGUGAUCUCACGAUGGGAGCAAGCACUCAAGGGGCACCAGGCGGGGCCGCACGAGGCCGCCCGCACCGUCCGACUCGCCUAUAAGAACAGGCUCUACUACCGCUCGCGGUGGCGCGACGAGAGUGAGCGCGAGCGCGUGCUGCUCGCGCACCAGGUGAGCGUGGAGGUGGCGAGCGGACGCUUCCCCGCCAGCAGGGCCCUCGCCCUGGAGAUGGCUGCCCUCAUGGCACAGGUGGAGUACGGGGACCUGGAGUGGCCCACGUCCGCCCUGGCUAGCUCCUCCCCUCCUCAGCACGCAACCAAUCAGAUGCUGGCACAGGCUCUCGACCGAUUCUACCCCCAGCAUUACAGAGCGGGCUCCGGUCCCGAGCAGCUCCGGCAGCUGUGCAACUCGCUGGCGACGCGCUGGAGCGGCCUGCAUGGGCGUUCGGCCCCGGACUGUGCCCGUAUAUUCCUGACGGUGGUGCGCAAGUGGCCCUUCUUUGGGGCCACGCUCUUCAGCGCCAAGCCCGUGCUACCGUCACUGCUGGGGGAGGGCGCGGUGUGGCUGGCAGUGAAGGAGGACGGAGUGAGCAUCCUGCAGGGACCCGCUAUGCGCGUGCUGGCCGGGUACCCGUACCGCUCGGUGAUGUCGUUCGGAGGCUGCGGCGAUGACUUCAUGCUGGUCGUGGAGUCGGCCUCGAUUCCGUGCCGGCAAGGUGACGUCCCCUCACCUCAGCGAGCCCGACCGCCCACGCACAAGUUGCUCUUCCGCAUGCCCUCGCCCAAGAUCCUGGAGAUCACAUUGCUGGUGGCCAGCUAUGCCAACAGCCGCCAAAACCAGCAGCAGAGCUUCCAGCAUGCAGGGGUGUCUGCCCUGCAGCCAGUUGGCUUUGCCACCCUGCACCAGGGGGAGGCGAAGGGUCCCGGACCCGUCGCGUCAGCUCGCACGCCUGCCGUAGGCGGUCGCCCCCAGCAGCUUCCGCACUCUCCACAGCGGCCGCUGCCGCAGUCGCCCCAGAGGCCACUGCCCACGUCGCCGCUGCGUGCGCAGCCGAUCUUCGCAGCGGCUCCGGGUGGCGCUUGCCGCGGAGCGGGCAACUCGACGGACAAGAGGCGCGCUGUCCCCGCAGGCCCUGCCACGCUGCCUCGUGCCAUGAAGGGGCCCACCGUGCUGUGACGACGUGCAACGGUUCCUGUGCUACUGUCGUCGUUUAAAAUCGUUCUCGUUCGCUGUUGCGUUCACUUUUGCGAGUUCUCCUUUCUUUCAGUGGUCUUAACCUUUUAGAACGAUCGACCGUGCAAGUCUUACGUCAACGACUGUUGCCUGUGGUCGUGAAUUCCUCCUUGUUUUCUUUUUAUUGCACACUUCUCGACGCGAACGUGAGUCUUGUUUUGCGCUCACAGCUCGGUACGUUUUGUGCACGCUCGCCAGGCCGUGCGUAGCAGCAGUUGUUUAUUUUGUAUUGAGAGAGUGGAUGAGCACGGGACUUCAGAUAGUGAUUGCGCAGGGUGUGACACCAGGCCGCCUGCCCGAGUGUCGAGUAGCCUACCUCAGCUGCGUGAGACGCGCCAGCCCACGUGACACACACGAACGGGGGAGUUAUUUGCACAGGCUGUGCGCCGUGGGCCCAAAACCAGGGCCGCCGAGUUUCCACGUUCGAGAAUUGUCGAACGAGAGACGCACGAGGGGGAAUGCCAAAGACCAAGCAAGGGCGUGGCUGCAUUUUUGUAAAAGUUAAAACUGACGUGGCAACGCCGGUAGCUCGAGUUGUGAAUCUACCGGGGGGCCUAGAGCACACGUUUCUGCCUCGCAGUCAUUCGUCACCGCACACAGAUAGACUCGAGUCAACCUCGCCACAAGUGUGGCCCUGGUGAUGAGCUACUGCGUCCUGCACCUAGUUAACUGGUCAGAGGCGAGAUCAAGUUUCGUGGUCUUCACUACCCUAACCCCUCCACAAAGACUCGUAGUAGCGUUGGCCUUGUUUUUGAAGACAGCGUUGUACAAUUAACCAUUAAGCCGGGCAUUCACUCAACAUGGAGUUUUUGGCCAGUUGUGCACAUUUACCAACCCUGGCCCGCAUCUUAUUGUUGGCUUCUGUAAUCCUGUUUGAAGAGUGUGACGGUUUUGGUUUUGCGCCACUACACGUUAUAAAGUCGGAACGGGUUUAACUUU